CUCCAAAUAUGGGAGGUGUUCAUAAAGGUGUACAAGCAUGUGUCACAAACCAUUUAAAUCGGGAAAUCUUACAUAUCCCAUGUGGUGCACAUAAUUCUAAUUUGACUGGAAUAUGCUUGUGUUUGUUCUGUUGAAUAUAUCAAUUUGUUCAUGUUAUUACAAGAGUUAUAUAAUUACUUUACAUUGAGUAUAAAAAGAUGUCAUGUUCUUCGUGAAGCAUUUGAUAAAUCUCCAUAUGCUUUACAAAUCAAAUCUUUAUCUGAUACAAGAUGGACUGCUAAUUAUGAAUCCAUUCAUGCUGUUAUUGAAUCAUAUGAUGAAAUUAUUUAUUGUUUCCAUUUGAUUGAAGAAGGAGACCAAUUUGAUAAAGAAUCAAAACUUCAAGGUAAGAAUUUAAGAAACAAAUUUAUUUCAUAUGAAAUAAUUGUGUUAUUAAAAUUUAUGGAAAAUAUAACACGAACAACCAAUUCAUUAACAGUACAUCUACAAUCAAAACAAUUGGAUAUAUUAUCAUCAAUGGAAUUAAUAACCAAUACGUUAAAAUUAAUCAAAAUGAUGAGAAAUGAUGAUCAAUCAUUGAAAAAUAUUUUACUGUUAGGUGAAAAACAUAUUGAACCAUAUGAUGUUGAUAUUGAUAAAGAGUUUAAUCGAUUACACCGAUUUCGUCAACCAUCAUGCCGAAUUGAUCCAAAACCAGCAAACGUUGUUCAACUUACCAGAGAAUCUUUCUAUUUGAAAUUAUUUCGUGUAAUUCUCGACCACCUAUAUACAACGUAUUCUGAUUUUUUAAAUGUUUUGAAUGAGAAACUAAAAUGGUUUAUUAAUGUGACACCCAGUCGAAUUGAAAACUUAACAUUAAAUGAAUGUAAACAUAUGUGUGGAAUAAUUCCCAAAUUGACAAGUCCACCAUUAUUAUUUACAGAAUUUCAAUUAUUAUCUGAUCAAAUAAAAGAAUGUGAUGAUAUGAAUGGAAUUUCAAAAUUGCUACAACAAUUUGGACAUCUAUAUCCGAAAGUAUCAAGCGUUUACAAUUACAUAUUAACAUUACCAAUAACAACUGCUACCAAUGAACGAAGUUUCAGCAAAAUGAAGAUGAUAAAGAAUUAUUUGAUCAAGAUGUUGAGAACAUGUCGAUAUUCUGAUUCAGACUCAAACCCAGACGAUAAUGACUAUGCCACUGUCUUCAAAACACUCUCACUAAGCAAUACAUCAGAUAUUCGUUGUCCAGCGACUUUCAUUUCGAUUUCGCCCGUAAGCUCAAAACUUGUAGAAUACGAUGUAAAUUGGUGA